CCUGAAAUUGGGAGUUCACACAAAUUUUAUUACAUCAAAAGAAAGCUCUUGAAAACCUGCGUCUUCUGAUGUAAAAAAUGUCGGAGAAAAAUUACCAGGAGGUCAAUCAACUUUUUUGAAUAAAGACCAUACUCACGUCCUUCUCGGGUGUGGGUGUCUGUACUUCAUUUAACUAACACCCACAUACCAUAUUAUAUCGAAGAAUUAAAAGAUGAGUCUUUGAUAAAAAAUAACUCUAUUAUUAUUCUGUUUUUGUUUGCAAGCUUUGUUUUAGAAAGAUUACCAGAUCUUUCAUUUCAAAAUGCUAUCUCUAGCUAGAACGAGAUUACUAGCAUUUUGAUAGCUGAAUGAGCAAAACAGAAUGACUUUCAAUUAAGCUAUUUUUUCUGAAAAUAGCUUUGAAAAAGAAUGAAAAAUUACCGUUAUUGAAUGCUUAGGUUUUUUUCAUGAUUUUGGAUACGUUGUUGAUGUAUGUUUGCAGAACUAAAAAUUCUUUAUAAAUUUUCUUAAUAAUUUUUUUUUUGUAAUAUCUCAAAAUGAUUGUAUAUAUUAAGAGAAUGACAGGAGAAUAUUUCCAAAAGAAUCAGAAAUAUGUUAUUGUAGGGAAAAUCGUAUAAUAUUCCCAUAUACAAGAUAUCCUGCUGAUCUUGAUGACAAUUUCUGUCUGUUCUUACACGUCACUUGUAGGAAAUGUCCCAUCGUACUCAUAAUACUAAUCUGAGAGGAUUUUCUAUCCCAUUCUUCCAUUACAUAUAUAUAUUCUUGUUGUUCGCGUUUACAAUUUGUAUUCUACUAUAUAAUAUCAUAGAAAGUCAAUGAAUCUUUUCUUAUCAUUUUUCUUUAUUGUCAUCUCCGGAUUUAGUGUCGAUACCAGAUAUAUUGAUGAAGAUCGGUGAGUUUUGCGUUUAAUGUUUCAUGUUAGAUUUAUCAUAUUGAUUUUUAGUCUAACAUCUGGUCAACGACUAAAUCACGAUGAUUGCUUAGUCUCUUCUGAUAGACGUUUUUGUUUAUGUAUGCAAGACGAUGGCAAUCUUGUGAUCUAUAAAGGUCCCAACACCAAACAUCGUGUUCCUAUUUGGGCUUCGAAUACACAUGGUAAAGGUAUACAUCCUCAUCGAUUGGAAAUGCAAGCUGAUGGAAAUUUAGUGAUUUAUGAUGGUAAAGGUGAUGCUACUUGGGCAUCAGGUACACAUGAUCGAGGCGCAAUAAAUGCUGUCAUGAUUAUGCAAUCUGACGGCAAUUUAGUCAUAUAUAAUAAUUCACCUAGAACUCCACUUUGGGCUAGUCAGACACAUGAUCAAAAUGGUGUUGAUUGUCAAAAAGCAGAGACUUGGCCACAUGAUUGGACGAAAUUCGAAGAUGAAGUACUUUCACUUGUCAAUGAAAUUCGUGCUAAAGGAACUUAUUGUGGAGAACAAUGGAGACAUCGAGUAUCACCAAUCAAACAAAACUGGAAAUUGACAUGUGCCGCACGAUGUCAUGGUGUUGACAUGGCUCUUCAUACUUAUUUCGAUCAUGUUGAUCCACAAGGUGGUACUCUAAGUAAACGAAUAAAUGAAGUUGGUUAUCAAUUUAGAAAGAUAGCAGAGAAUAUUGCCAAGGGUCAAACAUCUCCUCAAGACGUUGUAAACACUUGGAUCAAGUCACCUAGUCAUUGUCAUUCUAUUAUGAACGAUUAUCAAGAUAUCGGUAUCGCCUACAUAGGUCAAAACUAUUAUCCAGAAAGUCAUGUAUGGGUACAAAAUUUUGGUACACUCUUAUAA